UUUGUUCGCGGUUGAUGGACAACGCAACUGCCCCCUUUAGAGUGCCAGCAAGGAUGACAUCAUCGUGACCGUGGACCAACACCACAAUGACCAACAGUCAGGAAUGGACAGAGGACUGUUUGUAACGGACGUCCAACAGCAUACAACCGUAUACCAACAUAUUUGAAAGCGAAACCCACUACCACAGCAAUUUAUCCAGGAUGGCGAACCGCCUCUCUCGCUCACUCGAUGAGAUUGAAGCGCACACUCCAGCGAUCAAGUCACAAGAUGCGGACACCGAUGUUACCUCUAAGAACGGCGAGCAAAUCCAAGAGGGCGAUCAUGUAUACACGCGGAUAAGAGGUGGAAGGCAUGAGGGCAAUGUAGACAAGAUCGUGACCAACCAAGAAGAAGCUGAUGCAGAGGGCGUAAAGCACCCACCCAAGGUGCUAUUCACAGACCAGAAGGGGAAAGCUGUAGCGCACAAUCCAGGUACACUCGAUGUGACGGAUAAAGCCUGAGGAAACGGUUCUUUUCGUACUCCCAGACUAUAUCCGCAGGCAAUAUAGGACAAAGGUCUUGUCUUCAGGUAUUCCUCACAGCGAACCUUGGGAUCAGAAAGAGAAGCAGCUCUGGAGUAAAGCAGAGCGUAACAAAGUCCAUACACGAUACAUAUAUCCCAGAUCCCAAAUCUCCAUCAUCCCUCUCCAAAUCCAUAUUAUCAUCAAUCUCCCAAAAAUAGUCCCAUGUCCGUC